ACUGUCAUUUACACAGAGCAGACAGGAUGGGGAAGACGUAAGAGCUGGAAAACAAGAAUAUAAUGCCCUGAGAAGAACUGAAAACAACUUUUAAAGUUAUCCACAUCAUGUCUGCAGUUCCUGCCAACAUGCGUUAGCCAUUUCCAGAAGCAGCAGCGGCUCUGACUACGUGUUUUUCACCUCGAGAAGAGAAAAAAACAAACCAAAACAGCAACAAAAAGAGCCGUAUUUGGGAGGAUGUCAGCCCCGGGUAAUUCCCUUCAGCAGCCGCGGGUGAGGCGCAGCAACGCCGGCUCCCCCGGCUCGUUCAGCAGCAGCAGCUGCCGCCUGCAGCCCAUCCGCGCCACGGUGCCCUACCAGCUCCUGCAGACGCACAGCCGGGGCUCCAGCCCCCCCUCCAGCCCGACACAAGCCUCAGGACCCGCAAACACCAAGCCCAGGUCGUCCCCCGAAAAUAAGGAGGUUUCCUGCCCCGCAGACUCUCCAGUGUCCAGAGCAGAAAAAUCCAAGUUACAAGUGCGGAGUUCCAGUGCCAUUCGAAGAGCGUCCUCCUUGGACGCCAUCACAGGACCAUACCUCACUGGCCAGUGGCCCCGGGACUCCCAUGGACCCUACCCUUCCUGUAUGAAAGAUAAAGCUACACAGACUCCAGGUCUCUGGACGGAUGAAGGAGCGGAGCUGGGAAGUCCACACCAGCGGUCGGCCUCCUGGGGCAGCGCAGACCAUCUCAAAGAGCAGAUUGCUAAACUGAGACUGCAGCUGCAGCGCAGCAAACAGGUCACCCGGCAGAGUAAAGACAGGGAGCUGAGCUCUCUGCAGCUGCCGCAGCUGGCGCAGCACGGUGCUGCGUGUCAGCCACAGUACAAGGGAACUCAAUCAACUUUGACGGCAGUCCCCCUGACAAAGUCCCUCGCCUGCCGAGUGCCGAGCAGUAUGGAGGGCAUCAACCACGAGUUGGAAAAUGUUUUUAUCAGAGAAGACUGGGAACAAGUGAUGCAGGCCACGGAGGUGAUGGAUGGCCGCCGACCUCCCUUCCCUCCGCAUCGCUACAGCCACAGUGGGGAUACACGUGACACGGACACUCAGGCCCCUUCAAGUGGUGAAUCCAGCCCGUCGCCCCGGCCCUGCAGCUCUGACCACAUCCACUCUCCCGAUGGAAGCCCCUGUUCUGCCGAGGAGAUCGAUAAAGACAUGUGCAGUUCUCCUCUCCCCAAGUUCGCCACUUCUCCCAAACCCAACAACAGCUAUAUGUUCAAACGGGAACCGCCAGAGGGAUGCGAGAGGGUUAAAGUCUUUGAGGAGCUGGUGUCUGGCAAAUCAAAAGGCUUCCCCCUCUUCUCAUGCCCCGACAAAAACAAGGUGAACUUUAUUCCCAGAGGCUCGGCCUUCUGCCCCGUUAAACUCCUCUGCUCCUCUUUAUUCUCCCCCAUAUCCCCCUGCACCUCCGUCAGCCCUGGUCUCCAUAGCAACAGCGGCCCGGGACCUCAGGCCGGCCCGACUCUGCCCGCGGCUCCGCUAGCCGACUCAAGCGGCGGCGGCGGGAAGUCUGACGGCAGCACCGACAGCCUGAACCCCGACACGGACCCGGGGAGAGAUGGCUCAGCACAAUUACUCCUUACCAGCUAGUUCCUCAGGUAUUCAGGACCAAACCACCUGCAGUUAAAACGUUGCUUCUCGUCAGGUGGUAUGGGUUUAAAAUAUAAAGAAAAAAAAAAAUCUUGCACUCUGAUAAUCCUAACGUUAGCCAGCAGGGAGUGCCCAAGGUCUUAGAAAUGACAAGCUCCAAGGAGGAUAAUGGUACCAGCAACCUGCUGCAUGAGUCUUUCUGCAGAUCCUCAUGUUUGUCCCUCUGUCAGCGAACUCUGAUGUUUUCUGAAAAUACUUGAUGGUUUGGGCAUUGCUGCUGACCUUGGGCGCAGUCUCUCUCCACCCAUAACUAACCCUUUCCUGUGUACCAUGACACCACCCAUAGCAGAAAUAGCUUUAUUUUGUUUUGUUUCCUUGCAACAGAUAGAAGAGACUGCUCACAUUGUUGUGCUACUUACUGUGGGCAGCUUUUAUCAAGGUUGGACUUAAAAGAGACGACUAUGCUACAUCAGAAAAGAACAUGUUGUAUUGAUGUUAUCCACCCAGCUGUUCAGUGUUCAGCAAGCUCAAAUGCAUGUUGUGUUUUCAGAUUCUGGGAUAUCUUAAAGCCAGAGUAGUUUGUCCCACUUUGGCUCAGAGGGGUGCAGGCCUUUAUUUUAUUUUUUUUUAAACAUAUUUGUUUGAAUGUAUUUGUAGCACAUUGUCAAUGAGAAACCAGCAGUCGUUUGAGUUCAGGCUCGACCCAGCGGGUUAACAAGACGACACCCAUAGUUCCAUUACCAAUAUAGCUCGUUAAGCUAAACACAAAGUGCAAAUGUCAGCUGUUUAUUCAGCGACCAAUCAGAAAGCACACAUUUAUUUCCUCGUUUUCUUGCCCCCACACUAAUCGCAACUGUAUCUCAGGUUCUUUGGAAUGUACUCGCUUGGACGACGAUGCCUUUCCCCCCAGACUUUCCUGCUCGCAGACGCGUUCCAGUCUGUGACAGAAAUGUUUUUGUUUUUGUUGUUUCCUUUUGAACAGAGUGGGUUUUAUUUCCGACUGAAUCGAGUGAUUGAUGCCACCGACUGUGACAGACGACUCCAGGGUUUAGCUGUUCAGGUUUCAGGUGCUAUGACACAUUCCAGAGAUCACUGUUGCACCGGUCAACCGUGAGCGCUCAAGUCAACACGGAGCUGACUACAUAAGCUACUCCUUCACAAAAUUCAACAAGUUAACUCAAUUUAUUUCACCCUUUUUCUUGGAUGCGAACCAAAGCAAAUUAUAAAUAAUAAUAAUAAUAAUAAAAAAUUUUAAAAAAUGAAUAAAAAGCUGUCAUGUAUUUGGGACGGAUGGGGAUUUUUUUUCUUUUCCUUUUUGUGCCAGAAGUAAAAUGUUUGUGUGUAUUUAAUUUUUAUUUUUAAACAGAUUUAAACAACAAGCAGCAUAUGAACACUGGUUCAUAGUGUUUUAAACACAGGCCAUUCCUUAAAGCCUGGCCGAAGCACUUACGUGGAGAAGAUAAUCACUAUUUUUUUUUCUUUUUAGACCAGUUUGUUGGUUAAAAUAAUAAAAGUAAUGUGCAAUUGAGUUUUAAAGCUACACAAAAAUGUGUAACCAAGUUGGGCUCUAUGUACAGAUUUAACUAGCCUGACCAGUCAUACUCUUAUCAUUUAUGUGACUUUAUCGGGUCUUGGAUGUUCCUGUCUCAGCGAUCCGCAUAAAGCUCAAACCUCGCCCGUCACGAUUGGUCCGGUACGUUCUGUACCGGUGUAUUUCACAAAAGAGAAAUUUGGUCAAGUAAUCAGUUUUGACUGGCCAGGCUAGGAUGUAACCCCGUGUCACCUGCCCAACUAUCAACAUUUACCUAAAAAAGACACAAAAACAUGAUAGAUUAACACCAAGUAUACAAGAUUUACCUACCAAAUGCUUCGUUCAGCAACUGUGUUCAGCUAAUCGCGCACAAAAACACAAAUGAGAACAACAUACGCAGCACGUUCCACACAAGUCCAGUUUUACUCCUCCGCUUUCAGCUCCCGAGAGGUUUAAAGCAUACUAAUUCUGAUUUUAUUUACAAGCAUUGUUCAGUGCUGUCAAGAAAAGGUUGGCAAUGACAUUUUUCCUGUGUAUUACAUGUUUUCAUGUAGAUUUUGUGUGUUCUUUUUUUUUUUCAAUAAACAAAACAGAAACGCC